AUGAGAAUUAUAAUUAAAGGAGGGAUUUGGAAAAACACUGAAGACGAAAUCUUAAAGGCUGCCGUCAGUAAAUACGGCAAGAAUCAAUGGGCACGUAUUUCGUCUUUGCUCGUUCGAAAAUCUCCUAAACAAUGUAAAGCGCGAUGGUAUGAAUGGUUAGAUCCUAGUAUAAAAAAGACUGAAUGGUCAAAAGAAGAAGAUGAAAAAUUACUUCAUCUUGCAAAAUUAAUGCCUACUCAAUGGAGAACUAUUGCUCCAAUUGUUGGUCGAACUCCUUCUCAAUGUCUCGAAAGAUAUCAAAAGUUAUUAGACGAGGCAGAAGCCAAAGAAGGAGCGGAUUUGGAUUUGACUGGACCUACAGGUGGUGACGCUGGUCCAAGUGCUGAUGAUGUGAGAAGACUUAGACCUGGAGAAAUAGAUCCUGACCCAGAAACCAAACCCGCAAGGCCAGACCCAGUGGAUAUGGAUGAAGAUGAAAAGGAAAUGUUAUCAGAGGCUCGUGCUCGUUUGGCUAACACACAAGGCAAAAAGGCCAAACGUAAGGCUCGUGAAAAGCAACUAGAAGAAGCUCGACGAUUGGCCUCAUUACAAAAAACGACAUUAAAAGGAAAAAAGAAGAAAAAAGGAAUGGAUUACAAUGCUGAUAUACCUUUUGAGAAAAAACCAGCUCUGGGAUUCUAUGAUACUACAGAAGAAAAAAAUAGACAAAUAGAACCAGGUUUUACCAAUGUUCAUCUUCACAAACUCGAGGGUAAACGAAGAUCUGAAAUUAAUGAAGAAAAGAGAAAGAAAAAACAAAAAACCGAUUCAGAAGGUGGUGUCGGUUUUGUUCCUGCCAGAGCUUCUCAAUUAAACAAAUUAAAACAGGCGGAACAAAUCAGCAAAAGAAGAAAACUACUUCUUCCAGCCCCACAAGUUGGAGAGAAUGAACUCGAAGAGAUUGUAAAAAUUGGAUUUGCUGGAGAAAAUACUAAAGCCGUAGUGGGCGAAACGGAUAAUGUUUCUUCGUUAAGCGAUUAUACACCAUCCAGUACAGGUCUACCUUUAAGAACACCUAGAUUGAUUGGUGGAUCUUUGCAAACUCCAAGAACACCUUUAUCAGUCCGUUCAUUGAGAACACCUACUACUGAAAGAGCACGUCUUAAUCGUAGAUCACAAGUUGUUAAACGUGAUCUUCCUCGACCAGUUCAUGUAGACGAAUUAACAAUUGACGAUUUAACUUAUGAAGGGAGUGAAAUCGAAAAGAUUAUUGAUUUAGAAAUGAUCAAAUUACUUAAACAUGAUGCAAUUGUUUAUCCAGUUCACGGAAGUAAAUUAAAUUCUCAAAAUUUGGAAUCAAUUGAAUCAUUUGAAGAGUUUACUGAUGAAUUAAUGAAUCAAGCAAGGGAAGCGAUAAAUGCUGAGAUUAAAAUUACUGCUAAUGAGUCUGAUUUACCCGAGGAUUGGCCCAAAUUUGAAGAUUUAACUGGAAUUAAACAAUGCCAGAAUCAGCUCGAAAUUAACCGAAAUCUAAUGAUAAAAGAUGCAUCCAGAGCAGCUAAAUUAGAAAAGAAAUUAAAUAUCACGUUGGGUGGUUAUUUGAGUCGUUCGAGUGCUCUUGUGAAGAAAACGUUAGAAUCCUUUGAAGAAGUUGAACAAGCAAAGAUCGAACUGGAUUCUUUUCAAUCAUUAAAUUUAUCCGAAAAAGUUGCGAUUCCAAAACGUAUUGAGACUCUUCAAAACGAAGUUGAUCACCUCGUUCGACGCGAACAUGAACUUCAGGAACGAUAUGCAACCCUUUUGAACCAAAAACAAGAAAUUCAGCUCCGAAUCGAAGAUUUAUUUGCAAAAACAAACGGAAAUGCUUAA